CUGCUCUUGUCUCUCCUGCUGGGAUCGGAGUUUCUCUUAAGGCGUCUCCGAGGAAGCAGCGUUUAGGGCUUCCUGGCUUGUGCUCAUCGCCGGGAAGCGGAGUGGGAGAAGCCUCUCCGGUCGGUCUUCCUUAUAUCUUAACCGGGAUAAGAAUGAGAAUAUGAACCAGAGAGACAUUUGCGUUCAUCUCUUUGCUGGAGGAUGUGGAGGCACAGUAGCUGCCAUCUUGACAUGUCCAUUAGAAGUUCUGAAAACACGAUUGCAAUCAUCAUCUAUUACCCUCUACAUUUCUGAAGUUCAGCUGAAUACUGUGAAUGGUGCAAGUGUUAAUCGAGUUUCUCCACGGGCUUUCCAUUGCUUUAAGAUGAUCUUACAAAAUGAGGGUCCCCGGUCAUUUUUCAGAGGACUAGGUCCUAACUUGGUAGGCGUGGCUCCAUCCAGAGCACUAUAUUUUGCAACUUACUCCAAGUCCAAAGAAAUUAUGAAUAACAUAUUUGAGCCAGAUUCUACUCAAGUACAUAUGACCUCAGCUGGAGUAGCAGGUUUUACUGCAAUCACAGUAACUAAUCCAAUUUGGUUAGUAAAGACACGAUUACAACUUGAUGCAAGGAAUCGUGGAGAAAGACAGAUGAAUGCUUUUGAAUGUGUACGCAAAGUUUAUCGGUCAGAUGGAAUUAAAGGUUUUUACCGAGGGAUGUCUGCCUCUUACGCAGGCAUAUCAGAGACUGUUAUUCAUUUUGUUAUUUAUGAGAAUAUUAAACAAAAAAUCUUGGAAUGUAAUUCUACUCCUGGGAUGGAUAAGGAGGAUGAGCCUGUCAAAAAAGCAUCUGAUUUUGUUAGUAUGAUGGCAGCUGCAGCCACUUCAAAAACCUGUGCUACAUCUAUUGCCUAUCCACAUGAGGUUGUACGAACAAGACUACGAGAAGAAGGAACAAAGUACCGAUCCUUUUUCCAGACGCUGUCAUUACUUAUGCAAGAAGAAGGCUAUAGUUCUUUCUAUCGUGGCCUAGCCACACACUUGAUAAGACAAAUACCAAACACGGCUAUAAUGAUGACUACCUAUGAAGUGGUAGUCUACUUGCUCAAUAGACAGCAGCACUACUAUCUGACUAUGGGGAAGUGAAAGACCAAAAGAUUGCAAUGGACCAUAAACAUUCUGAAUGAUAGCAGCUAUACAUAUAUAUAUCAUCCAGGUAUAUCACCCGUAUAUCAACUAUAUAGAGAUAUGGACAAAGUGGAAGAAUGUUGAUAGGCACUCAUUCACACUUCUGCGGGCUUGUCAUAUGGUAUCUCUUGCAAGUUAUUCUUAAGGACUGCAUUUAACAUGUCAUACUUCAGUUCCUCUUACCAUGUUAACUUUUUUAACUUCUAUGCAGCAAGCAGCCAGGGCUUGGUGUGAGCAAGAAGAGUGUAACAUGUUUUAGCGCAUGGUGUAAAUCCAUUACUGGUUGCAGAGUUAUGUUCUCCUACAGCAGUUUGAAGUCUAUGUCAGCGUAAAGCAGAUUCAUGCUCAUAACUGAAAGUCCAUUUUACAAUUGAAAUAAAACGAAAGGUGAAGAUUUACAGUAAGCUUCCCAUUUUACUACCUCAAUGGGUCUCAGAAGGAAAUGUAAAUUUCUACAUUCUUCUAAAAACAUGGUGAUCUUCAUUUUUUUUAUACAUGGGGGCAGGGCAGGUAGAACAAAAUUAUAAUUUUAACAUCUAACCCUGGGGUUCAGUGUGCCAUAGGUGCAUAUUUUAAUAACCCAAUUAAGUUUUUGCUGUACAAAUAGAAGAAUGUUAAUACAUUUACUUUUGUUCCCCUGUAUGCAUCUACUGAUGAAUCCCAGUUAAGACUUAAAAGUAUUUCUAGAUUGUGUUAUUUUGAACCAAGAAUCAACCAACCCUUGAAGAGUGGCAAAUAACUUAGUAAUUCAGCAUUAUUUCAGACUUCAGCAAACUUAAUUCUUGUAAGAAUUACUUCACCUGAGCUGAAAUCUGCAUCAGCUGAAUGCCAAACUUCACGAUACUUCAAGAACAUAUCAAAAUCAAAUGCUAAUAGAAUUAACUAAACAAAUAAUACUCUGUGUUCAAGCAUUCCCUUGUAUUUUUUAUUAUUUGCUUAAUUUCUGGUGCAUUGUGCAGAAAUUGAAAAGUUAAUGUUUCUUUUUUUCCCCUCAGAAAGCAUAGUUCUUAAAAUUUAUUUCAACAUUUGCACAAUAUCAUUUGCUAUAAUUUAAGAGUUUAACACAUAGUAACUAUGUUGUCUUUAACAAACACUAUUUACAGUAUUACAAGUAACCUAUUUUAGUGUUAUAUAUAAAUUAAUUAUAUAAUACAAAAACCCUACAUUCAUUUUUUUUUAACUACAGCCCUGCAGUUCCAAACAAAUUUUCUGCCUAUGAAUUACUGUUUUCUAAUUGAAUAUUUUUUUUAUUUGCAAAUUUAGCUAGAGAUACCAGAAAACAAGCUUGUGAAUUCAUUUGCGGGUAUUUAGUUCAAAGACAAUAUUCUAAAAAUCUCUAUCAUUAGUGCAUUUAUUUUUUUUAUUAAAGAAAAUUAAAUAAUUGUAAUGGUGCAAUCCUACUCUUGCCUAUUCAGGAGUUACAAAGAAUGUAGAAAGAUUUAUUUCUAAGUCAGUUGUUUCUAAAUACAAUUAUAGCUUAAAGUUUAUUUAUGGCAACUGGCUUAAAUCAUGGUUUGUUCCCUUUGCUAUUGUAUAUAUUUUGUUACUGUAUAAUACAGAAAAGUGAAAGAUGGGGGCAAGAGGAAGACUUAAAAUUUAUUUCUAUAAACUUCAAAAAUAAUUUUAUUGCAGGCUAAUGUACAAUAAUGCAGGGAUAUUGAGAAUAUAGCCAACUGUCAAAAUAGUUUCUCCCUGGUUAUUCUGUAGCAGAUACGUUUCCUAUAGACUUGCAAUAUUUAGUUUGAUGGUUGUAUUAAAAUGUACCUCUUGUUACAAAUCAUUCUGCUGGGUCUUUUUAGCAGGAAAUAAUUUUCUUUAAUGAGUCUGAUCUUGCUAUACAUGUAGUCCUUGACUUACGACCACAUUUGGGGCUGAAAUUUUGAUUGCUAACCAAUGUAGCUAUUAAGCAAAUCUGACUUCUCCCAUUGACUUACUUGUUAGAAGCUUGCUAGGGAGUUGAAAAUCAUGAUCACAUGACUGUAGGAUGCUGCCUCUGUUGUAAAUGUUCAAAUUGUAAUCAGGUGAUUUGCAGGGAUGAUGUGAUGUAACUUCAAGGACAUACUAUAAGUCAUUUUUUUCAGCACUGUUGGAACUUCAAACUAUCAUUAAAUGAAUGGUCAUAAGUUGAGGACUAGCUGUAUUAAUUUAAUAAAUAUGACAGAUACACUUAAUAGUUGAAGAUGAAUGAAGAAAACUAUCACUAAACGAACAGAUUCCCCAACAAAUUUUCAUCUGAACAAAUUUCUUGCUUGUAAAUAUUAGUGACAAAAAUGUUAUUGGUAGUAAACAAUAGGCAACAAAUACUUGCUGUCUUAAAUGAUAAACUUGAGUAAUAUAACUUGGUUAUGAAGAAAUUUCUAGAAACACUGAUUUCAUAUAUUUCUAUUUCUACACUCAGGUAGAUUCAAAUAACCCAGUCCCUUCUCCCUCCCCCUCUGGUCCCUUCCCCUUGUACAAUCCCCUUUAACAUCAUAUGAUAGCAUUCCAACAACAAUCGUCCAAAGAUAAUGAAUCAGAGAACUUUGGGGCAAGCUUAAAAUGUAGGUAAAAUCAUGAUUCUAAUCUGAUACAAGUCUUUAAAAAUGUAAUUUCAAAAUUAUAAGCUAUUCUAGCAUAUCAGCUUUAUGACUCCACAUUUCUAUUGUUCAUUAUAAAGUAGAUCCCACUCAUUACAUCAUCAUGCAGCAUUCUGGUAAUGCAGUUGCUUAAGGCACACAUGACUUUGCUCGAUGAAUAAAGCCUCUUUUAGCUAACACAUAUUUGAGCAUAAUUGAAAACAUUGUUAUAUAAACUUUUGGUAAGAUUUUUAUAAUCCACCUUCAGAAAAAUGCAUUUGAUUAUGAUAGGUAUAUUAAGAAUUAGGGUGAUGAAUGAACAAAUUAAUUGUAAGCAUUUUUACUGUCACUGCCAUUUUAUAUAUGCUAUGAUAUAAGUGCUGGAAUAUCUAGGUUCAAAGGAGAAAUAGUUAUGUAUGUGUGUGUGUUGUGUUAUGUGUGUGUUUUGGCCUGCAUGUUGUGCUUGUCAGCAAUUCUUUACACAACUUCCUUGUUUCCUUACUACUUAAGGCAGUGACUACAGAAUCCCAGAAAAAAAUGUUUAAUUUAAGAAGGUAGUGAGAGUUGUAAUAUUUUUGUUUUUACAUCUCUACUCUUAGUAGUCUUUUAUUAGCAGGUUACUUGUUAAACAUGAAUUUGUACGAAACUUAUUUAGUUUAGUGUUUCUCAACUUCUACAGUUUUAAGGCGUGUGGACUUCAACUCCCAGAAUUCCAAAGCUCAACAUGCUGGUUGCAGAAUUCUGAGCAGUGAAGUCCUUACAUCUUAAAAGUUGCUGAUAUUGAGAAACACUCCCUUCACCCAAGUUUAAUCUUGAUAACCUUCAGCAAAGUUGCCUUAAUGAGCUCUCCUAACUUCAUCUCGAAUUCAGAUUAAGAACCUCAAGCGAGAUUAAAAGAAGCAGAAAUCUCAUGGAAUACUUGCAGAAAGCUCCCUAAAGGGUAUUCUCCUGCCAAAGGAAUGUUGAUACCCAGCCCCCACUCUUGCGUUGAAAUAAAAAACAAAAAAAAAAUCAACAAAAACAUUAGUGUAUUACCCCACAUCUUUUUGAUAAUUUGAAGAAAAGACUAUACAUUUUCCAGGUACUAGUCUUUUAUGGCUUUUUGAUCUUUGCAUCCAACUUUGAAUUUAUAAGAUGGAACUAAUAGAAUUACCCAUUUUGUUCUAGCCAUAUAAAAUUUGGUUAAAUAAUUACAUAAUAUGAAGAUGAUAUAAUCCUCAAUUGUGUGGUUAUAUUCCUGAAUAUCUUUUUGAAUGAAAGAAUGAAUUUAAAACUUUUUAAAAAAAAUUAUGAUUUUUCCAUGUGCGCAAUAUACUUUGGAACUUGGUAGCAUUCAUCUGAAUAAUGACAAGACAUACCCAAACAGUAAAAUAAGAAAUCAGAAGGUGUCUCGUAGCUUUAGCUGACAAGUGUAUUAAAAGGCAUACAUUUUUGUGAGCUAUAAAUGAGCUUGUUCUACUAGAUGUCUGAUUUUUGGCUGUGGUAGAUACUGUAAAUACAACUCUCUUAAUAGAAUGUAACCAGAAGGUGGCACUACAGUAAUGCCAGUGCCAGAAGUGUAUCUGUGUAUGUGUACUCUCAUAUCUAUAACUAGCACAGAAAGAAGCCAUAGUAGAUUCUGUCAUAAAACUUGCACUUCCCAGAUUUUUAUUACUCUGCGUAAAAUGCCAUUAAAUCAAGGAAUAACUUGUAGGUUUCUCAUAUAAUGUUAUUUUUUAAUUGUAAGCAAUGUUUCCUUAAGCAUACAUAAAUCUUUUGACUCAAAUUUGACACCCUUAAAAGAUAAAACAGCUAAUGUGACAUUUUCAGUAGGCUGGUUAUCAAUCUAAAAUUUUAUGUGAAAUGGUUAUUAUUCCCCCAUACAAAAAAAAAAGUUUGAGAUUGCAUGUGAGGUACAAAGUGAACUGCUGUACUCAUACUUAGCAGGUUUCCAGUGCUUUCCUUUCAUCUCAGAAAACAUAAAAUGCACUUAUUAAAAGUUAAUUUAUCACUGAAAUGUAGUUUUAUGCCUACCUAAUACUGUAAUUUUAAAACUGAUGUAAGAUAUUGUGACCUCUCAUUUUUAACUCUUUUAAGUCUGUAUGAUAUAACUGCAGCCUGUAAUCUGGAAAAUAUUUUGUUUUCAUCAGGUUUUAUAAAUUGUACAAUCUAGCAGAAUAAUGACGAUGUGUGCCUAUAUAUGUUUGCUACUUUAGAAUUCAAAUAUUUAUCUUUUGAUAAAUACCUGAAGUCCAAUUUCAGGUUUUUUUUUAUUUUAUGUACAGAAAGCUUGCAUACCCUCUAUAUGUGAAAGUGGUUUUUCUAGAGCUCUUGUUGUUUACAAAGUCAGACAUUCUACCACUCUUACAAACUUUUGUUUUUAAUUCUUUCAUACCAUAUUUUUGGCUGUCAAAUACGUGCUUUGAAUACUUUUUGUAUUUAUGCCGCAAUGGCAACAUUUUGUUUGGACUGCUCAAAACUUCAAAAUAAAAUAGAGUUUAUUCAAA